CAAUACCAGGCCACCGUACCAGCCUACCAGGUCGAAAUUGUCUGCUAAUUUCCUUUGGCGGGAACUCGUUUUGAACUAAAAAUGGCAGCAACUUUAGGUGCAUUUUCCCGUAUUUUCCAUCAGAAAUGUAGGAUCCUCAGCAUCAGUGCCAUUAGACCUGGUUUUCUUGGUGGAAGUGAGCAUCAGUGGUUGCCAUGGAAACAGGACACCAAGCAGUUUUCUAAUGACCUCCCAGCCAAGCCCAAGAGACCUCUUACCACCUUUUUCCUGUUUUCUACUGAGCAAAGGCCCAAACUUACGGCAAUGGAACCAAAUCUCAGUGUUACUGACCUUUCAAAGAAAAUAGCUGCAAUGUGGAAGGAUUUACCAGAAGAUGAGAAAGAGGUUUAUAGGUUAGAAUUUGAGUCAAGAAGAGAAAAAUAUAUGGAAGAGAUGGAGGAAUAUAGAUCAAGACUAACAGACGAACAGCUCGAGACUGUGACUGAGAUAGGCAGAAAGAAGCGAGAAAUGAGAGCAAAACGUCGGCAUAAAAUGGAAAUGAAGAAAUUGAACAAGCCGAAGAAGCCUCCUACGGGAUAUUCUUUGUUUAUCAGAGCACAUUUCAACCAACAGAUGGUCGGUGGAAGAACGAGAGAGGAAGUUCAGGCUCAAUUCAGAGAGGCAGCGUCAAUAUGGCGGUCAUUACCAGAAGACGAGAAACAGCAAUACAAUGAAGAAGCCUCCCUGCUGACAGAGACAUACAGAGAGGAGAUGGAUGAAUGGAAGAGGAAAAUGGAGGAAGAUGGCAUCGCAACUUAGCCUUUCUGUUUCUUUCCAACUCCAAAGAAGACAAAUUUUGCUCUUCAAGGAAUAUUUACAUGCAUAUGUCUGAUGAACGGACAUGUGCUUUUUAUACCUUUGCCAAUGAAUGAUGUUUGUCUUUUGUUAGGUGUGCCUCUUUUUCAAGGACACACACUCUGACAAGAUUGAUACGUGAGCUUUUGCACUGCUACUGCAGAACAAAUUCUAAAACUAAAGGUAAAGGUAUUGAAAAUGCCCAUCAAAUGACAAUGAACAGGUGGGAGGCCUUUGUCGAAAAUUUGUGAACCAGAACAGCAGUUUGUGCGAAGUUUCGGAGCUGACAAAGAUUUCAGUUAAAUCGUUUGUCCAGAGUCCAGGGGGGCGUUUCAUGAAAGAACUUGUCGGACGUUUUAUCCGAC